AUGAUCCCUCAGGCGACGAGUCCUCCUCAAAAGAUCCCGAUCGAGAUCCAGAAACGACUGCUGCAAGGCAACUUGAAUCUUCUCACCGAGCAGAUGGACCUCAAUUUGAAAACUGCAAUCAAGGAAGAGAUCCGCCGCCACGCCAACAAAAUCCUCUCAACCAAGAACAACCUCACCGUCAGAAAAUGGGAGUUGAUGAUCGACAUGCUGAGCAUUCGCGUCAAAAUGCUGCAGAAAACAACGAAGUCCUCAAUCUCAUCGCAGAUGGAAGCUCUGACAACGAAGAAAACCACCAAAGGAAGCAUUGCUAGAAAAAUUACAAUCGCGAACAAAAACUUCUCCAAGCAACACGAAAUCGUCAAGAACUGGUGCUACGAGCAAAUUUCAGCUUUCCUGUCUGCGAACAACCUUUCCACCUGA